CCUCUUUCAAACCCUGUAGGAUUUUACUUCUUGAGGCAUCUGUUUGUUUAAAAGGAAAGGCGUGUGUUGAGGCAUGGGCACCCUGGCAGAAGACCCCAAACCAACCCUCUUGACUUGUGCCUGCCUUUCAGGAAAUGUUCCCUUCCUGAAUUUCUCUAAGAAGGCUGAGUUGGGGGAUGGUUGCUGAUUUUUAUAACAUAUAGCCAGUUGUUCAUAGGCCUGUGUUUUAAAGAAGGACAAGCCUGAACUCACCGUUCUGCCUCAGGGCCUGGGCUCCAUACCUGGGGAGUAGACAGUCUUCUACUUUCUAACAAGCUGGACUUGAAGUUUGGAGUAAAUCUCCUGGUUGAUUGAGUGACAGGUGUUUCCCAGCUGAGCCCUUGGGGAGAUUCUCCAGUUGGGUAGGGACAUCCCUUCCCCAGACGCCUUGUGGGCUGGACUCCUUUGACCCAGUUCAAAGUGAGGGGAUGCCUACCAACAGGCCGGGAAGACAGCUGACUUCACCCUCCUUGGGUUUGUCUGUCUGUCCGUCUCUGGGAAUGGUCGCUUCCUGUUUUCCCUUUUCCUUUUAAGCCUCUCCUUUUUCCCCUCUUUUCUCUCCUCAUGAACUACUCCGAGUCUUGGUCUCCGUCUCUCUAUCUCUGGCUCCUGCAUCUGUCUCGGCUUCUGGCCUUCCUCUCCCCCUCCCCUCCCCUCCCUCGCGCUGUCAUUCACCCCGCUUCUCUCCGCGCACAGCCAAUGGAGAGACCCGGCCGAAACCGCGAAGCUCUCUUGCACCGGGCUUUUUCGCCUGGUGAUUGAUGUCCCAGAGUCAACAGCGAGCGAGCAGCCGGAGCCGGGAAGCAGAAGCCAGAGAGGGGAAGAAUACGGCCCCCCUCUCUCUCUCCCCUCCCCCCUUCUACUUUAGCCCUUCUGCGCACUUCGCUUCCCAAGUCUCCGCGCAGCCAGGAGCCGCUGUUGCCUCCCAGCCCCUGCUAGCUGCCCCCGGAGCCCAGCGCAGCGAGCGCCGCCGCCCGGGCCCCCCCGUGGGGCCGGGGCUAGCAUGGAGCACCUGGGACCGCACCACCUCCACCCGGGUCACGCAGAGCCCAUCAGCUUCGGCAUCGACCAGAUCCUCAACAGCCCAGACCAGGGUGGCUGCAUGGGGCCGGCCUCGCGCCUCCAGGACGGAGAAUACGGCCUUGGCUGCUUGGUUGGAGGCGCCUACACUUACGGCGGCGGGGGCUCCGCGGCCGGGGCUGGGGCUGGAGGCGCGGGGGCCUAUGGCACUGGAGGUCCGGGCGGCCCCGGAGGCCCCGGCGGCCCCGGAGGCCCGGCAGGCGGCGGCGGCGCCUGCAGCAUGGGUCCGCUGCCCGGCUCCUACAACGUGAACAUGGCCUUGGCGGGCGGCCCCGGUCCUGGUGGCGGCGGCGGCAGCAGCAGCGGCGGUGCGGGGGCACUCAGCGCUGCGGGGGUGAUCCGGGUGCCGGCACACAGGCCGCUCGCCGGAGCCGUGGCCCACCCCCAGCCCCUGGCCACCGGCUUGCCCACCGUGCCCUCUGUGCCUGCCAUGCCGGGCGUCAACAACCUCACUGGCCUCACCUUCCCCUGGAUGGAGAGUAACCGCAGAUACACAAAGGACAGGUUCACAGGUCACCCCUAUCAGAACCGGACGCCCCCCAAGAAGAAGAAGCCGCGCACGUCCUUCACACGCCUGCAGAUCUGCGAGCUGGAGAAGCGCUUCCACCGCCAGAAGUACCUGGCCUCGGCCGAGCGCGCCGCCCUGGCCAAGGCGCUCAAAAUGACCGACGCGCAGGUCAAAACCUGGUUCCAGAACCGGCGGACAAAGUGGAGACGGCAGACUGCGGAGGAGCGGGAGGCCGAGAGGCAGCAAGCGAACCGCAUCCUCCUGCAGUUGCAGCAGGAGGCCUUCCAGAAGAGCCUGGCACAGCCGCUGCCCGCCGACCCUCUGUGCGUGCACAACUCAUCGCUCUUCGCCCUGCAGAAUCUGCAGCCGUGGUCUGACGACUCGACCAAAAUCACUAGCGUCACGUCGGUGGCGUCGGCCUGCGAGUGAGCCUGCCCAUUCUGCCCUGUGGGACCCCAGGCCCACUCAGGGGUCACUGAGGCCUGAGACCCGGGACUCCUCCCCACCUCUCCUGGCCUCAGACUGCACCCAGGAGGGGAACACUGCCCUCGCACGGCAGCGAAGGGCCCCCACAUUUGUGCCGACACUGUUCUCUCUUCGGUGGAAGAAGAGCUCAAGGGAUAAGGACACGCGCCCCCCUCCCAGACGCGUCCCGCACCCGUCUGAACUGUUAAGAAAUCUCUGUUUUUGUUUAUUUCAUUUUAUUUUAAUUUUUAACGUGGGAUUCAGAGAGAGGCAAGGGAGGUAGGGGAAGAGGAGCUUCUUGGGUCCCCAGGGCUGUCAUCUGAAUUUGCCCUGAGAAACCCCUUCUCUGUGACCCACUUCUCAUCACACACAUGGAAACCCAUAGGCCCACACAGAGGUGGUGUCACUGUCCCUCCUGGUGUCACCCCAGAGCCACACAUGGGCAUCUAUGGCAGAGUGUCAUCCAGACACAGGGUCACAGUGUUUACAUAUUGGACCUCACGAUCAGACACAGGUCAGGGGUGACACACACUCAUCCUGAACAGCAUGGCACUCCCUCCAGCACAAACACAAGGUCAAGGCCACACUGUGGCACACUACACCAUACACAACAGCCACAACAGCCUCACUUGGUCUGACAGGCCCCCACCACACAUCCCAGCCCAACCCAGGUAUGCACAGACAGGUUUUCACAUAAAUACAGCCCAUUUCUCCAGAACCCAUUGUGGGGGGUGUUAAGUUAUGCACUUAUAAGGUGUUUUCUGUGUAACCAUUUUAUAAAGCGCUUGUGUAAUUUAUGUGGAAAAAAUAAAUAAAAGCCUCCGGAUCUGGA